AUGUCAAUCAUUACUAACGAUUCUGUUUGGGCUACUGUAAGUUGUUGAGUUGUCAUGUUUUUUAUGUUUUUUGGUUUGUAUUAAUAUACGAUUGAUAUAAAUUACUAUAAGAUUGACGACUUCAAGUAAUAUUGGUAAUACUAUUAUACUAGAAUUAUGUUGACUAUACUUGCAAAAAUAGAGCAUUUAACAUGUUUACAACAGAGUUAAUGGUGUUUGUAAUUAGCCUCAAUAACGUUUGAUUGGGUGUUCUCUAUGUCUAUAACUUACUUUGUAUUUCGGAUCAUUUUUUGGUUUUAACCUUGAUAAAUGUGUGCUUAUCGAAACAGAUAUAAACAGUCCGAAAUUCGAGAAUUUGAUUGUUUUCUCUGCUUUGUUACUUAAAAUAUUGAAAAUUUGAUAAAAAUUGACUUUUUUUUGUUUUUAUGAAUUAUUUGUUUAAAAUUGGUGUUAUAACAUUAUUCUAAAACUUUUUACGGAUAAUUAUAAGUUUAUCAUCCUAAUCCAUAGUAAUGAUGACUUUAGAGACCCGAAUGGAGAUUACGGUCACUAUUUCGUCGUAAUCGACCACAAAUCAUGCAGGCCAAUCAAAGCCGGCUUCAUCGACCGGAGUCGUCGACGGAUUCCAGUCAGUCAAAUCGACGAUUCUGGAAUGUGAACAUUGAGCCGGCUUUAUUCAUGUUCAGCUUUGCCGCUGGCAUUUUAAUUCCAAUAUCAUCAUUGUAUCUGUUUUAUGCACGAUGCGUUGAAAUACUUGAAAACGAGGUAAGGCGGCACAAGUUAUUUUUUAAAUAAUAAUUUUCAUAAAUUUGCUUGGAAGUAGGUAUACCUUUAUUUUACUAUUGACAUAUUAACCAUCGAGUUUAUUUUCACUUUUCUACUUACUAUUUGACCAAAAAUAUCUGAAAUUAAAUUUUUAUUUUAACAGCUAUAAAUUACCGUGAUUUUAGAUGCCAGUAGACAAAUCAACCGUAGCAAGAAUGUGUGUAUCGCUGGACAAGCUCAAUGAUACCACAGUAAUGGAUAUGGUAGAAGCAGACGUCGCUCAGUGGAGAAUAUACACUCAAGUAAUCAUUUUUAUAUAUUUUGUUAUGUUUUUAGAUUAGUUACUGGAAUACCAAUUAAAAUACGAAUUUUUUGUUCUAGGAUGUAUUCUAAAAAAUUACGGUAAUCAUAGUAUACUUUACAUUUGGCUCUUAAAUAGGAGAUUUUAAUAUCAUGUUUAUAUUGCCGUAUUAUAAUAGUACCAUUAUUUUAGAUAUCAGCGACAACUACCGUAGUCUUAUCAUCACCUGUAAUAGGGGCAUGGGCCGAUUACUCUGGUCGUCGUGCUCCUAUUUUACUGUGUAGUUUUGGAGCUGUAAUCUAUGUUACUCUACAGUUCAUUGCCACUUUUCUGACUGAGCAGAUAAAUGUAUUUUACAUGUGGAUUGCGUCUGAAAUCAUUUGUGGACUGGUCGGUGGACUGCCAACUUUAAUGGCACAGAGCUUCGCUGUAGUAUCUGACGAUGCCAGAGCUGACAAAUCUUUUGUGAGUUUUGAAUUUUUUUUAUUUGUAGGAAAUUUGCCACAGAGAUAAAAGUAGAAUGCCGCUUUUACUUGAUGUUGUUUGGUACGUUAUUUUGAAAAAUCUUAUAAUAAGCAUAUGUUGUUAUAUAAAACUGAAAAUAUUAACAAAUUCUUUUUCUAAACUUAGUUGUUUAGCAAUCUCAUGCUGUACCACUUCGAAUAACAAUAGCAUCGGCAGUACAAGCUAUAGGGAAUCUGCUUGGGAGUGUGUCAGUAUCAGCUAUCGAGAUGUUGGAGUACCAGACCCCUGAACAAAAAGUGUUUGCUUAUCAGUUUUCAUUUGGUAUUGCUGCUGGCGCAGCGUUUGGGGCAUUCCUUUAUAUGUUAUGGUUUCUCAGGGACACUUAUAAGGACGGUAAGUCUUUAGAUAGCCAAAUUAAAGUAUUAAAAAAGUCUUAAAAAGUACUUAAAAGUUAUUGAUAGAGUUACUAUUGGUACUCAUGUACGAGUCAAAAGGCAAUUGUGAUGUUUGUUUUGACAAUACUAACUUAAUUCAAUUUCAGUACUCGACCACAACACUAACGCAACAUUGGUUAUUAAUCAGGAGCCUAGAAGUCGAUCCUUUAGUCCAGUCGAUUCAAUAAAAGGACUAGUUGAGGUCGCGUUCAUGCCUCGAGAAGGAUACUUGAGGUUUUGCUUGAACUUCAUCGUGGCUUCUAUCUUUGUGGAGAUGAUGUUGUUUGGUAUGUCUUUGAAUGAGAUUAGUUAUGUGCGAUAUUGUAAAAUUUUUUUACUGUAUAUUUAACUACAAUGUUGGUUUCAGAUACCCAAAUAACCUGUUUGUUCAUAAAACGACCCCCUUUCAACUGGUCGGAUUCUACUUUUACCAACUUUUUCUUGAUCCGAUUCAUCUUCUUUACUGCGGGUAUGGCACUGUUACCUCUGAUUAUACGAAAGAUGAGCUUUGUUGGGAGAGAGUUGUACAUGAUAAUAUUCGGCAUUGGCAGUAACAUAGCCAUCAACAUGAUUAUGGCGUUUGCUAAGAAUACCAACCAGUUACUGUGGAGUAAGUUAUAAAUUAAUUAUUAUAAUUAUUAUUUGUUGCAAAAAGAAUGGCAAUUCUUCUGAUUAGCUUUGCUAUAAAUCUUUUUCUAAUGUGAUGCCAUUAGAAAUAUUAUUGCACUAAUACCAAGUAACGUGUGCCACUUCAGCCUUACCCUUUGCCUUCCCAACUGGAGCAAUUGCUCCUGGCUUCAGAAUCCUGUUGCCGAAGUUGGUACCUCAACAACAGACAUCGCGUAUGUUUGCUAUGGUAACGUGGGUUAUGGUAAUUGGACCUUUGUUCUCGGCCAUGAUAUUCAACACUAUUUACAACCGUACUAUGGUCACGUGGCCUGGCUUUGUAUUCUUCCUACAAGGGUUACUGUGCUUGGGAGUGGUAGUCGGGUUAUGGUAAGGUUUUAAGAGUACCGCAGCAUGUAGUUUUACUAAACAAUAAAUACAAAUUGAUGUAGAUUUUUAUCAUAAAAUUUUCUGUAUUUGCCAACAUAUACCGUAAAAUGUUAUAAGCAUACUGUAAUAAUCCAUUUCAGUAUCGUAUAUUGUCUGCUACGACCAAUGUGGAACCGUGACCUCUUGGAUCAAGAGUUACUGCUCCCAGAAGAUGAAGAUGACGAAGAGGGUAUUAUCAUUCAUUCGGAAAUCGACCGGUCGGUCUCUGUGACCGCCGUGAAUUCUGCGGAUGAGGACGGUGGUUCCGAACGUGAACCUGUUGUUAUACAUACGAUUUGA